AUGGUUGCUGUAGCUUCUUCAUCAUCCGUUCGAUCGCGAUCGAUGCGAUUUGUACAAAAUUUUUUAUUGGUUUGGCUUGACGCUAAAAUUGAUGAGAACAAUGCAGAUUUUAAAAAUUCUUUUGAACAACUUCAAAACGUUGUUAAUACAGUAGAAGCAUUUACUGAUGUUGAUCAAUGCUUCGAAUAUAUGAAAAGUAUCCAAGAUGAAAAAAUCUUUUUAAUCAUCUCUGGAACACUUGGUGAAAAGACUGUGCCUCUCUGGCACAAUAUGCCUCAACUUGAUACCAUCUUUGUUUUCUGUAGAAACAAAGAUCAACACAAGCAGUGGGCAAAAAAUUGGUCCAAAAUUCGACGUGUGUCAACGACAAUCAAGUCUAUAUGUAAGGAGUUAGUCAAGGCCACCCGCGAAUGUGAUCAUGACAAAAUACCGAUGAGUUUUGUUCCAAAACGCACACUCAAAGAAGUAGCAUCGAAUCAACAAAAGAUCGACGAAUUGGAACCAUUGUAUAUGUAUUCGGUGUUAUUCAAAGAAAUUAUAUUAGAAAUCAAUGACGACGAUACCAAACCUGUAAAUGACCUUGUAGCAUAUUGUCGUCAACAACAGGUCUCUCAAUCUCAACUGGAAUAUUUUCAGCGUAAAUACCACCAGAAAUCACCAGUCUGGUGGUAUACGUGUGAAAUGUUUGUGUACAGCAUGCUCAAUAAGGCAUUACGUACACUUGAUAUGGAAGUGAUGACCAAAAUGGGAUUUUUUAUCCGAAAUCUUCAUCAGCAGCUGGAACAGUUAUACAAACAACAAUCAAAUACAUAUGCCAAGAAAUUUAUCGUUUAUCGUGGUCAGGGAUUCAUUCAACAAGACUUUGAUCAUCUAAUCGAUAUAAAAGGCGGACU